GACUUCAAACACUCAGACCACUUCGACCCGGACGACGGUCACAACGAUCACCUUGACCGAGACGACAUUGACAAGCACAUCUGUAACCUCGACUACAGUCACUACCUCCACAAUAUCGACCACCUCUAUCACCACCGUGACUGAAACUCAAACAACCACCACGGUCCCGGAGGAUGAAGGCGGCUGGUUGCCUUUGGUGCUGGGCCUUGCCGCACUGUUGGCUGUGUCUGCCGGCUUUAUCGUCCUCCGCGGCAGGCGCGACGUCGAAGCGCAACGGCUUCGGGACGCGCGGGAAGUGGAACUGCCGACGAUGAACAGAAUGUGA